AUGUCUACAGAUGUCUACCUGAACUACCCGGUUUCACAUUCACUGACCCUCACAUACGCUAAUGGUAGUACAUGGGAGGCAUCCCUCGAGGAAGCUGUUUUGGCGGCGGACGAAACAACAAGCUACCCUAACCGGAUACCGACCUUCCAUGGCUAUUCACCAACCGGCAAUGCCUCAGCCGAGUAUGUGUACGUUGGAAGAGGCCAGCAGGUAGACUUCAACCGCUUGAAAGAGCUCGGCGUAGAGCUUGAGGGCAAGAUUGCUUUAGCAAAAUAUGGCGGGCCGUUCCGCGGCCUAAAAGUCAAGAAUGCACAAGAGCACGGCAUGAUCGGUGUCAUUACUUUCACGGAUCCUGGCGACGACGGUAAUAUUACUGAGGCUAAUGGCUACGCUGCAUACCCGGACGGACCGGCUCGCAACCCCACUUCUGUGCAAAGAGGAAGCGUACAAUUUUUGAGCACUUAUCCUGGCGACCCUACCACACCUGGUUACGCAUCGAAGAAGGAUUCACCUCGUGCAGAUAAGAGCAACAAUGUACCUCGAAUUCCUUCUCUGCCAAUCUCGUGGUUGGAGGCGCAGCCAAUUCUGCAAGCUUUGAACGGCCACGGUACGAGCGGUUCAGAGGUCAACCGCACGAAAUGGGUUGGAACGAUUCCCGGCGCGGACUAUAGCACGGGCGUAGGUUCCGGUGUCUCCCUCUCCCUCUCUAACGUCAUGAAGGAGAAUUAUACCACGAUCUGGGACGCCAUCGGCAUUAUCAACGGCACGAAUCAGGACGAAGUCAUCAUCCUCGGCAAUCACCGCGACGCCUGGAUUGUGGGUGGCGCGUCAGAUCCCAACUCCGGCUCCGCCGUCCUAGUCGAGCUCUCCAAAGCCUUCGGCAAACUGCUCCAAACGGGCUGGAAGCCCACCCGCACCAUCAUCCUCGCCUCUUGGGACGCUGAAGAAUACGGCUCGAUCGGUAGCACGGAAUGGGUAGAGGAAUAUGUUCCUUGGCUCAAGACAGCAGCAGUCUCGUACUUGAACGUCGAUAUCGCCGUGUCCGGCCCGUAUCCUUACACAGACGCGACGCCAGACCUUCACCAGCUUGCGAGCUCUGUGAUGAAGAAAGUAAUCUACCCCGUUCCUGACUCCGCCUCGCAAACCCUCUACGACGUCUGGCAGAACGUCUCUGGUGAGUUUGGCGUCUUGGGUGCAGGAUCUGACUACGUCCCUUUCGUACACAAGGGUGGCAUCGCCUCCCUCGACCUCGGCGCCGGUGGCGACGCAGAUUCUCCCAUCUACCACUACCACUCCAAUUACGACACCUACCACUGGAUGUCUACGUUCGGCGACCCAGGCUUUCACACGCACAAGGCUAUCGGUCAGUACCUUGCUCUUCUGGCGUACCAUCUGUCUUCGGAUAUGGUACUGCCUCUAGAGCCCGCAGAUUACGUUCCGGAAUUGGAGUCGUACCUCUCAGAUCUAAAUGAUACGAUCAUAUCGGCGAAUGCGAGCAUCGAUAUCUCUGCCCUCGUUUCCGCAAUCUCCACCUUCUCCUCCGCAGCACAGGACUUCAACGCCCUCCGCUCGCAAGCCGUGCUCGCUAACGACACCACUCUCAUCACUGUUGUGAAUCACAAAGCGCGCGAUUUCUCGCGGGGUUUCGUCAGCCAAGGCGGCCUGGAUGGAAGAGAGUUCUACCAGAACCUUAUAUUCGCGCCGGGCCUGGAUACGGGGUAUGCGCCUGUUACUUUCCCCGGGGUCACGGAGAGUGUGACGUUUGCGAAGGAUUUUGGAGCGGCACAGGAUUGGGUGGGGAAGACGGCGGAUGCCAUUCUUGUUGCGGCGGGUAUACUGGAGACGUGA